CAAAAUAAUAUUAAAAAACUUUGUUGUAUGUACGGUGGUAUUACGUUACUGUCGCAACUGUGUAAGCAGAUAGAAAGUAAACGGUUGGCGUUUUUUUUCUUUUCUAAAUUCGUUUUCAAGAAUUCACGUUUAAACAGCUGAAUACGUAUGAUAUACAGCAUACAGGAUGUUCAUUUAAUCUGGAAAUUAAGAAAGAAAUCCCGAGCCCAAUACUAUUUUUCUACGAUGCCCCCACAAUUACCUCGCCCGUUGGUUUUUUGCGGACCAUCUGGCACUGGCAAAAGUACUUUAAUUAAACGCCUUAUGGACGAUUUCCCUGAUAAGUUCGGAUUCACAGUGAGUCACACCACAAGAUCUCCACGUCCCGGUGAAAUCCAUGGUAAGCAUUACUAUUUCACCGAUGAGAAUUCCAUGAAACGUGCCAUUGAAAAGGGGGAGUUCAUUGAGCAUGCCGUAUUCAGUGGAAACAUGUAUGGAACAAGUAUUAAGGCGGUAGAAGACAUCGCUAAGGAAGGCAAGGUGGUGCUCAUGGACAUCGAUAUGCAAGGAGUGAAGCAAGUGAAGAAAACUUCCUUGAAUCCUUGGUAUGUGUUCAUCCAACCUCCAAGCAUCAAUGAACUGAGGAACAGACUGGUGAAGAGGAAAACAGAGAACGAAGAGAGUCUGCAAAGGAGGCUCGCGAAAGCGAGGGAGGAGGUGAAUUUUGGACUCACUUCUAAAUAUUUCGAUAAAAUUAUUGUUAAUGAUGAUCUCGACAAGGCUUAUCGGGAACUGAAGGAGUUUGUGGAAGAUAAGGUUCUCGCCUUAAGGAUUCAGAACUUGACUAAGGAAAACUAGUAUUAAAUUGCUUUUUUAUCUUACAACCUAUAAAAAGUAUUAUUAUUUAUCGGUGUUUGUGUGUUUUUUCUAAUGUUAUUUUUUUAUAGGGACAUGGUUUUACAUACUAAUAAAGUUUGUUUUCUA